GGUGGACAGUACUGUGAGAAGUGUCGGGAGACGAUAGCGAAUUUUACUGAUGAACUAUGCCAAAGGGCCGUAAUGGAGAGAUCCUCCUUCCCGACGGAUGGGAAGAGGCGAUAGAUUAUGAUGGAAAAGUGUUUUAUAUUGAUCAUAAUAAUGGCCAAACAACUUGGAUCGACCCGCGAGAUAGAUACACAAAGCCUCAGACAUUUGCAGACUGUGUUGGAGAUGAACUGCCCAUUGGCUGGGAGGAGUCAUAUGACCCCAACGUGGGAAUAUACUACAUCAAUCAUAUGAAUCAAACAAAUCAGUUAGAAGACCCAAGGCAACAAUGGCGAAAAGAACAGGAACUGAUGCUAAAGGACUAUCUUGUCACAGCGCAAGAAGAUCUGGAGGCCAAGAAGGAGAUAUAUGCAGUGAAGGAGCAGAGGUUGAUGCUGGCGCAGGAUGAGUUCCUUCACCUCAACGAGACACUGUCGGGAUGGAAGUCAUCCAGAACCAGCUUAAAUUCCAACUCCAGCGUGGGCAGUACAAAGUAUGACCCUGACCUCCUCAAGUCUGACAUUUGCCUGGCACGGAAAAGUGUCGCUCGACUCAAAAAUGAACUUGAACAGAUUCGGGCUGAAAUGCAGUACAAGGAGAGAGGAGUGGAGACACUAACAAGGGUGGACCAAAAGUUGGCGGGACUGGGUGGAGGUUACAAUGUGACGCAAGCCCAAGCCAUCAUCGCCGAGAUCCGACAGUUGCAACAACAUGUCAACACAGGGGAGAAGGAGAAAAUGGACCUGAUGCAGUCCUUGGCCAGACUGAAGGAGGAGUUCAUGCUUGGGAAGAAUGGCGGCUCCUCACCAGAUGUGUCGACACUUUCGUUGGCGCUGGCUGAGCGGUCCAGUACGGCGUCGCAAACGGAUCUGAGAGGAGAGUUUGGUUUGAAGCAGAAUCGAAUCUUUGCGGAGAAGACACGACUCCGUCUCCAGUACGAUGAAGCACGGCGGAAACUCAGUCAACUGAAGGUUCAACUGGCCAAGGUGGAAGAUCAGAUGAUCCCUGGGCAGACAGAGUGCGACAAAGACAGAUUGUUGUUGCUGCAAGAAAAGGAACAGUUGCUACGUGAAUUAAGAAGUAUUGACCCUAAAGGUCGCAGUGAGAGUGAGCUGGCUAAGAUACAACAGCGAAUCGCACAGUUGAAAUAUGACAUCAACCAUGCUUUGGCGAUCUCCAACAAGCAGAUAGCAGAGAGAUUAAAACUAAACAAUGAGAAGGUUACUGUGAUGCAUCAGCUUUCGGAGACCACCAAGUUAACGUCGUACCUUGAGACGCAGCUGAAGAGCUUGUCGCUGAGCACAUUGUCAAUGUCCUCGGGAUCAAGCCUGGGAUCACUAGGGUCUCUCUCGGCCAGCAGCCUGGGAUCCCUCAACUCCCUCAGUGCUGUGGACAUUUACAAUCAGAGCCAAAGUGGAAGUGAUAUAAAUUUACAGGACCUUCAUCAACGUGUUGAGAAACUUCUGCAGGGUCACGUGAUGGCCCCUAUUCAGGAAGCGGUCAUUCCGCAAAUGUCCAACUUAGACAUCACAGCGGCAGCGACAGGGAAUUACCUACAUAGUGUCAUGGCAACGGGGGAUAAAGUGCCUUCGGUUAAAUCAGUGUCCCCGAAAUCUUCAUUUUCAUCAACAUCGCCGCCAGUGUCUCCUUAUAUGCCCAUGGAAAUAGUUCCCCCGCCCACUUACGAGCAACACAUGAACGCCGUGGAACGGCAGCGUCAUGUGAGCCUGGGUGGCAACUGGAUGGUUGGUGGGCAACCUCUUACGAACUGCGAUCAAUCAAAAUUAACAGAAAAUUCUCCACAAUACCCAAGGGUAGAUAACUCUCGGACUAGAGUGCCAGUGGUCGGACAAAUGGUUCCGCAAUCUUUACUAGCGGAGAGUGGUGAAAUAAACACAAAACGUUCACAAGGAUUAGAGAACUUGGACUCCACAUCUAACCCUCCUCUUAGUCCAAUCAGUGAAAGUAGUUCCGGUGUGUGCAACAAUUUGUCUGGUGGAAAUACACGGAGUGUUUCUGCAGCAGUGAGUGAUGAGUCUGUAGCUGGUGACAGUGGUGUGUUUGAAGCAUCAGUCAAAAGGACUGGUGUGAUUGAUGAGGUGCUGGAAACAAAUCUGGAAAGUGCACAGAUACAGAUAAAGCUCAAGUACGAAGGCGUGGAGAAGAUGUUGUUGAUAGGGAUCGAACAAGCCCGCAAUCUGAUGGCACUUGCUUUCCCAGAAGGAGGCCAUGUAUGUAUUAAAGCUGCACUGUUGCCACACAACAUGGAGACGUCGUGGAAGACGAAGACGCUACCAGAUCUGAAGAACACCAAAUUUGCUGAGACAUUUCGUGUGAUCCUGGCAGAGCAGAAGUUGUCUUCCAAGACGCUACAGGUUAACGUGUGGAGUGUACACCCCACGAGGGAGGAGGAGUGUCUGGGCUGUGCUCAAGUGAGUCUGGCUGAUUUCGACCCGAAGGAAGUGUCUACUCGAUGGUACAACAUUUUAAGUUUUAAGUUCAUGCAGUCCGACUUAAGGACAGGAACAAAGAAAUCAAGUGAAGCCAGUCAGCCAUCAUCCAGCAGUACGCUCAGCUCAGACGACACACGCCACUCCUCCAGCCAAACUCUCACACAGAGAGAAUCAUCAGACAGAGUAACACAGCUCCUCGAAGCUUCUUCAGCCAAACUGCGUAAGUCGUCUCUGCCGUGUCACUUCAAGUCUCCCCAUCCUGCCGUGUCUUCAGUGAAGGAAGAGAGCAGCGAUGAGUCGACCAUCAUCUCCUCACAGACCUCCACCCUUACAAGGAACCAAGGUCCUGAGGAUAUGGCCAGCCACCAAGAUAGGGAGACAAGCCCACGUCUGGCUGGAUUUGGGGAAAACGAUGAUGAGGACGAUGAAGAUGAUGAAGAUUUGGAGGAAGAAGAUGAGAAGGACUACAAUGAAAUGAUGCAGGAGGUUCUUGCUGAGCUGGAAAACAUUGAAAACCUGGACGACCACUUCUCUGAGUCGGAUGAAUCUCUACAUGUCAAAACCUGUGAUGCUGAGACGAAUACCGAAGGAGAUUAUUUGGUGAAAGAAAUCAAACGGAGGCAACACAAUCAUCACAUUCGAAACAGCACCAUCCGUCGGUCACAGACAUUCUCACCGGCAUGCAGACAACAAGCGCCAGGCUAUGUGUGCAAGCUCAAUCGUAGUGACAGUGAUAGUUCUAUGCCACUGUACAAACGAGGGCCAUUCCAGAGAAAUGCAUUGGAGAGAAGAAGUCUUCGAUGGAAAGGCAAGUCGUCCUCGUCCUCCGCCCACCUGAACCCAAGGACGUCCUUGGACCUGGAGCUGGACCUGCAGGCCUCCCACGUCAAGCUGUCACACCUCAACGAUGAAAUCACACGCUUAAAAGAACUGAAGCGACUUAUGGAGGAGGCCAAGUCAAAAGGAGCCACAGAGCUGCCCAAUUGGUUGUCUGACGAUGACCAGCUGCAGAAGCUGCUGUCUGAUGCUGAGAAGUUGAAACUGGGAAUUCUACGACAUCAUAGUCAAAAGAAGACGUCAAAGAAUGUGUCUAAGCAAGAUCGUCGUGCCCAGCAGCUCAUGAAGAAGGUCACAAGAGAUGUACAACGCAUGCGUAGAGGAAGUCAGCAGUGUAAUGCCAUCAACUUCAGAGAAAAGAUGGCGUUUUUCACAACAGUCAACAUGAAGGUGCCUGUCAUACCCUGUGAAACAGCCACAACGGACGACAGACUGGAGGAAUUCCUCAACGAUGACAGAGUUGGAGAAGAAGUCUGAUUGCUUUACCAAAUGUCCAUUUGUGAAAGAAGUCAUAAGUUGAAUUACCUGCACCUGAGGAAGUCGUCAGCACUGAGAGACAUUUACGAGCUGCCUGGCAUCCGUGAACUGGUUGGACAGAACACAGGCACAGUUUUGCUGUUCACACCAAUGGUUGUACUGAUGGUGAGGUAAAGCUUGUGGAAGUCACGGAACAAGAAUGUGACCACGUAACAGCUAAGUGGAAAAGAGAAAAUCACAGCUAUG